AGUUCUGAGAAACAAACUCAACUAUCAAGGGACCUCCAUACCGGUGACGCCGUCUGUCACGCGUCGGAUUCUGUUUCGUUCUGAGUAGCGGAGGAGAACAUCAUGGCUGCGUUGGUACAGACAAUCCCUCAGCAAAGUGGCACGGUUACUGUGCUUCAAACUCGACCCUCAACCUCCUCUGGCGCGUUCGCACCUUCUUCGCCUCCCUCGCACUCACAAAAUCCGCGGAACUCGACUAUGUCCUGGAACACCUACAAUACGACGGGUAACUCUGCGACCUACAGGACGGGCCACCAGGCUGUGGCUCCCUACCAAUUCACCAGCACCCCCAACCUCUCCAAUUCGACGAGCAUCCAGAACCGACAGUCGUUCUCCCCUCACUUGAGACCCGAGCACCGUACCUCUUCUGCCCCUUCCGCACCUCAAUUAUCCGCAAGUUCUGCGCACGGCGGACUCAACUCGCGCCUCCCCCAUCAUCCUGCAGCUGGUUCUGUAUCUUCAUCCUCCAACUCCUCUGUCCAAUCCUACAUGUCCAAAGACGACUCCGCCAUUCCGUCCCGGCAGCUACGUGCUGAACCUCCCCUGCGUCCGCUGUCGACGGUCAACAUCCCUUCCUCCAACUUCAUGAACAUAUCUUCUCCCACCGUUUCUCGCCCAUCCCCCGAUCGGUAUCGCCGCGGAAACCGGCGUCCAGACAGUGCUGCGGGGCUUCCAUCUCCGCAGCCACACACAAGUGCGCCUGGGUCGGCGCGAACUGCACCGGUUACCAUGGACGACAGCUUCCUCCAACCGGGCACGCCCAGCUCUCCGGGGUCAACUGGUUCUGCCUCCGACGGAGCCCGCCGUCCAGGUCAUGUUCGAGCGCCCAGUGCAGACGACACAACCCGGGCGGACAAGCCUCAAACGGAAUUGGCCAAGCGAUAUCGUCGUCGGAGCUGGGGGACCAUCGAUAAUGCCGGCCUCAUCAACAUGCAGCUUCACUUGCCCACAUCAUCGCCGAUUCCAUCGACAGGUGGCAAUGACUACUUCGAUCAAAAUCAUCGGCCCCGAUCGGCUCAGUCCAACCGCGAUGUCCAGGGAAGCAUUCCGUCCGCCCACUCCUCUACAUCCUCUGUGCGAGAUGCAGGACACAUCGAGAACGCGAACCCCUCUAGUCGAGGCCCCAGCAAAACAGAGGAAGCCAAACGGAUCACCAAGCCCUCACCUCUCUCCCAGCCGGUCGUGGUCGAUUCACAGCCUUCUACUCCAAAACCUCCACAAUCUGCCCCCAGCUCAAAGCCUUCACCAGCCGAGAGCCCGGCUACACAACGACUUGCGGAAAUUACGAAAAACGACCUGAAACGGCCUGGAAAAUCGAGGUUGAGGAGGGCCUUCUCGUUCGGCAGCGCCUCUGAGCUCCUCAAGGCGUCAAACAAGAAGGAGAUGAUCGCUGCCGAACGGGCCCGCAGGGAACUGCUCCAGGAAGAGCUAGGUGCCGAACAAGCGGCGAUUGCUGAGCAGCAGGAGGCAAGUGGACUAGGCGAGAGUAUCUAUUCCUCGCACCACCAAGGCCGUAUCUUCAACAGCUCCACCGAUAAUCUGUCCGUUUCCUCAACCGCGUCUUCCGCUUCGAUCAUGCUACGAAAGAUGGGCAAAGGGAUGAAACGCUCGACCCGUUCCUUAGUCGGUUUGUUUCGGCCAAAAUCAGUUAUGAGCACAUCAUCCACGGAUGCUGUGAUCACCGAGCCAAUGGCACCACAGCUGUCUGUGGUCAAUAUUGAAGCAGACCGUAAGAGUGGGGCGGUUAAUGCGGACGCUCGAGAUCUUCCUCACGGGGGUACAGUAUUCCCGAAGUUGGAGUCGAUUGGGUCGAACGCUGCAGGUCAUCAUGAUGAUGGUGGUCUCGACAAGUCACGCAAGAGCAUUGUCGGAGGAGAUAGGGAGCGUGCGGAAGUCCUGGCAGCAGUCCGGAAAGGCAUCCUCAAAAAGACAAACUCGGAUACCAAUAUCCCAACGACAUCUACUAAAUCUUUUGAGAAUUCCCAAGCGGUCAACAACGACUCGCCGCAUUCCAGUGUACCCAGCACGCCAGAGGACCCAACGCGGUCAGGCAACCGCCGCUCGGACGCAAUCAAGAUUGCCGGUGAAGAUGAUUAUCUUUCCGAUACUCGGUUCCUGGCCUCUGAGGCAAAGAGCGCCCCUGUGACGCCCCUUGCCAAGAGCCUCGUCUUCAGUCCUCGUAUCCAAUUCCAUGAGACGUGGCCUAGCGGGGAGUAUGACCGACGAGGUGACAUUGCCACUUGCAACCGCCUGACACCUUUGCUCGCCCAGCAGAUCAAGGAGGAGCUCAAUAACUUCAAGAUGGAAAUGGAAGUCCAUGAGACGUCGAAAAUUUAUACCCACUUCCUCUGAUCGCUGCAUUUUGAAUGGCGUUUUACCUGCGUGUCUUGUCUUAUUUAAUCUCCUGAGGAGUGUUGGAUCGAUCUAUGACGGCAUGGUACCCCUU